AUGAAAGUAUUCUGUCAAGCGUUUGCCGACGACAUUGUGUUGGUCUUCGAGGGGGACACGGCCCUUGAAAUUGAAAUAGAAGCGAACCGUGUCCUUAACGCAAUAGAUAAAUGGGGAAAGGAAAACAAAUUAAAAUUUGCACCACAUAAAACUUGUGCCCUCCUUUCCACGAGGAGGUUGAAAUACGACGUGCCACGGCUCGCUAUGGGGAAUGUGGAAAUAAAAUAUUUUUCUCAGAUUAAGAUAUUAGGCCUUACAAUUGACAGCGGCCUCACCUUUAACGCCCACGUCGGGACGGUAUGCCAAAAGGCAAUCGCCCGGUAUAAACUCUUGGCUAGGGCAGCCAGAGUUGGUUGGGGACUUAGCCCAGAUAUCAUUAGAACUAUUUAUGUAGCUGUUAUCGAACCGACUAUUAUGUAUGCAUCGGCAGCGUGGGCACCCACCGUGGAAAAGAUGGGGGUCCAAAAAAGGCUGAACACCGUACAACGGGGGUUCGCCCAAAAGAUCUGCCGAGCAUAUCGGACCGUCUCCCUGAACUCAGCUAUGCUGUUGGCUGGGUUACUCCCCCUUGACCUCAGAAUACUCGAAGUUUCGAGAUUAUAUGGGAUCAAGAAGGGGGUGUCGCACCCAGCGUUGGGAGACAGGGAGGUGGAAAGAAUGGCUCCGGCGAUUGAGGACCCACAUCCGGCAGAGCAGGAAGGGCUGGGGUUCGGGCUGGUGGACGAGGACUCGUAUUCCGACGUGGCUAAUAGCCACGUACAUAGGAUCUACACGGACGGUAGCAAGAUUGAGGGUCGAGUCGGAGCCGCCCUUUCCGUAUGGGAGGGGGAGGCCGAGACGAAGGCCGUCAAGCUUGCUUUGCCGCCGUAUUGCACCGUCUACCAGGCCGAACUCCUAGCGCUCCAAAGAGCAGUAAUUAGAGCCUGCAAGAGUGGAGUGGCGAAGGUCGGCAUCUUCAGCGACUCCAGAUCGGCCCUCCAGGCCGUCACACUCGGUUCCCCCCACCCCCUUGCUGUGCAAACAAGGGCGGCCCUCCGAAAAGCUGCUUCGCAGAGGCGGGAGGUCGCUCUGUUUUGGAUUAAGGCGCACGCAGGGCUAAGGGGGAACGAAAGAGUGGACCAAUUAGCCAAGGAGGCCGCUCUGGGGUCGAAGAGGAAACCCGACUACGAUCUGUGUCCUGUUUCAUUCGUCAAGCGUAUCUUGAGACAGGAUACGAUCGGGGAAUGGGACAGGAGAUACGAUUACCCAGUUAUACAGUGCGACACAAAAGAGAUGACAAAAAAUGAGGACGCCACCGUCGCUCAUAUAGCAACACUGAUACUGCGACGCAAGCAAUCUUGA